GUGUCAGGAGCGCACUGUGGGCAGGAGUUCCAAACCGACUCCGCUGGCUGCUUCAAGUUUCCGUCCUUUUUAGAAGUGGGGGGAGCUUUUUCCUGGUAUUGCCUUUUUUUUUUUUUUUUGGGAGCCAGUUUUAAUUGCUUUGAAUAAAUACUCCCCUAAGUGGCUAAACCUUGGAGAAGAAAGAGCACAGCGAUUUGUUCAAGCAGGGGGAGAAGAGUGAUUUGCCUCUCGGGGUGUCUCCUCUAGCAAUUACAAACAAACAAACAAACAAACAAGACAGACUAUUUUCAUAAAGCCCCAAAAUGUCGCUAUUUGUACAAGAUCUUACCAAAGCUAUGUCUCAAGAUGGUGCUUCCCAGUUCCAAGAAGUCAUUCGACAAGAGCUUGAAUUAUCUGUGAAGAAGGAACUAGAAAAAAUACUCACCACAGCACCAUCACAUGAGGUUGAGCACACUAAAAAAGACCUGGAUGGAUUCCGGAAACUGUUUCAUAGAUUUUUGCAAGAAAAGGGCCCUUCUGUGGAUUGGGGGAAAAUUCAGAGACCUCCAGAAGAUUCGAUUCAACCUUAUGAAAAGAUAAAGGCCCGGGGCUUACCUGACAAUAUAUCUUCUGUGUUGAACAAGCUGGUGGUGGUGAAACUCAAUGGUGGUUUGGGAACCAGCAUGGGCUGCAAAGGUCCCAAAAGUCUGAUUGGUGUGAGGAAUGAGAAUACCUUUUUGGAUCUGACAGUUCAGCAAAUUGAACAUUUGAACAAAACCUACAAUACAGAUGUUCCUCUUGUCCUAAUGAAUUCUUUUAACACCGAUGAAGAUACAAAAAAAAUACUACAGAAGUACAAUCACUGUCGUGUGAAAAUCUACACUUUUAAUCAAAGCAGGUACCCAAGGAUUAAUAAAGAAUCUUUUUUGCCAGUAGCAAAGGAUGUAUCUUACUCAGGGGAAAACACAGAAGCUUGGUACCCACCAGGCCAUGGCGAUAUUUAUGCCAGUUUCUACAAUUCUGGUUUGCUUGAUACCUUUAUAGGAGAAGGCAAAGAAUAUAUUUUUGUGUCUAACAUAGACAAUCUGGGUGCCACAGUGGAUCUUUAUAUUCUUAAUCAUUUAAUGAACCCACCGAAUGGAAAACGCUGUGAAUUUGUCAUGGAAGUCACAAAUAAAACACGUGCAGAUGUAAAGGGUGGGACACUUACUCAGUAUGAAGGAAAACUGAGACUGGUGGAAAUCGCUCAAGUGCCAAAAGCACAUGUUGAUGAGUUCAAGUCUGUAUCAAAAUUCAAAAUAUUUAAUACAAACAACCUAUGGAUCUCUCUUGCAGCAGUUAAAAGACUGCAAGAACAAAAUGCUAUUGACAUGGAAAUCAUUGUGAAUCCAAAAACCUUGGAUGGAGGCCUAAAUGUCAUUCAGUUAGAAACUGCAGUAGGAGCAGCCAUUAAAAGUUUUGAGAAUUCUCUAGGUAUCAAUGUUCCUAGGAGCCGUUUUCUGCCUGUGAAAACAACAUCAGAUCUCUUGCUUGUGAUGUCUAACCUCUACAGCCUUAAAGCUGGUUCUUUGACGAUGAGCGAAAAGCGGGAAUUUCCUACAGUGCCCUUAGUUAAAUUAGGCAGUUCUUUUACAAAGGUUCAGGAUUAUCUGAGGAGAUUUGAAAGUAUACCAGAUAUGCUUGAAUUGGAUCACCUUACAGUUUCAGGAGAUGUGACAUUUGGCAAGAAUGUUUCUUUAAAGGGAACGGUUAUCAUCAUCGCCAAUCAUGGUGACAGAAUUGACAUCCCACCUGGAGCAGUAUUAGAGAACAAGAUUGUAUCUGGGAACCUUCGCAUCUUGGACCACUGAAAAUUACUGUGUACAAUUUACACUAAUUAUGGGCUGCACAGUUUCUUACAGUGAAAUGUUCCCUAGAAUUCUAAAGUAGGCAGGUACUUUACUAUGUUACUGUACCUUGCAGUGUUAAUUUUUAAAAUUUUCUGCAAUAUGCUUUUAGUCUAAGUAAAGCAUGGAUGGAAGCAAUACUUUUCUCUUGAAGAGGCUCCUGAAAGUCAAUUCAUCUUAAGUGCAAUAAUGUUUAAUAGAAAAACCGGGGCAGCUCUGUUGAAAGAUUUUUUUAACAGAGGCCUCAAUUACGGUCACUUUGAAUUGCUUAUAAUUUCAAAAAUAAAGCUGUGAAGCAUUACAUGUGUAUACUUAUACCUUCCAAUGCUAAGUUUAUGAAAUGAUGAAGUAAAAUGGUUUACUUUUACUGAAGUUAUUGAUCAGUUUGAAGAUUUGCUCUGAGAAUAUUUUAGUACUCACUGACAAGUUACCUAAUAAAUCCAAGUUCUGCAUUUCUACAAAUUUUAACCACAUUAUUAUUUCUGUACGAAUUAAACUUGAAGUUGUACUUUUUUUCAUCUAGUUUUAAAGCUGGAAUGCCUGCCAUGCUUUACAGACUCGUAAUUUAUCCAAACAAUGUGGUAGUUCUUUCCCAGCUGAGGGAGAUGGGUGGGCAGAGAUAGGACAUUUCUUUUAUUCCUUGUUUUCUAGUAAUGUGGGGUGGGUUUAUAAUUUUAUAAAAAAUUCCCUUUCCUUUAAGCUUUUCUUUAAGCUGCUGUUUUCACUGAAAAUCAGACCUGCAGGUGGUUCAAUUUGUGCCUUUUCUCUAAGAAUCCAAACACAUUUUCCAAUUCUUCCAUACUUGUUUUGAGUAGGUUACUUGUUUAAAGUUUACUGUAUACUAUUAAAAAAAAUUUGUCUUUUAAA